AUAUCUGUGGAAUGUCCAGGGUGGGAGAAAGAACUCUUGUUUAUUGGAGGCAGGUGUGAAUAUUGCACUUGGCCAACUUGAUUAGCACUGAAGAAUCUUUCAGCUUCAAGGUCUGGCUGCUUGCUGCCUGGGGGAAUCCUUUGUUGGGAGGCGUCAACUGGCCCUGAUUGAUUCAUGUCUGGAAUUCUUGUUUUCUGAGUGUUGUUCUUUAUUUACUGUUCUAAGUUUUUUUUAAUAAUGGUGGCUAGAUUUUGUUCAUUUUCAUGGUUUCCUCCUUUUUUUCUGUUGAAACUGUCCACGUGCUUGGGGAUUUCAAUGGCUUCUCCGUGUAGUCUGAUGUGGUGAUUGUCAGAGUGGUCCAGCAUUUCUGUGCACUCAAAUAAUAUGCAGAUGUCGCUUACAUUGGGAGGUCAAGAUUUCUUUCUAGAAGAGAAUAAAUUCAAGCAGGAUUGUGUAGAAUUUAUCAAGUUCUCACAACAAAUGGGAGACAACUGGCAGUGGAAAAAUAUAAAGGACUCUACUGAUGGCUACUUGACUAAAACACACUUUCAGCUGAAAGGUGAAAGCGUUUCUUCAAACAGAGGGGAAAUAGUAAACGAUGAAGUAACAUUUGCACAUGUUGAGGAAGGUCUGGAUGACUUUCAAGCGGCUGGCAUCUCUGCAACAUCAGAGGUGAUACGCUAUGAAUACCAUGUUCUGUACUCCUGCAGUUACCAGGCUCCUGUUCUUUAUUUUCGGGCAUGUUUUUUAGAUGGGAGACCUUUAACUCUGGAUGAAAUAUGGAAAGGUGUACCUGAAUGUUAUAAGGAGCGCCUCUGGCAGGGUCCCUGGGACACUAUUACACAACAGGAACAUCCAUUACUUGGACAGCCUUUCUUUGUACUUCAUCCUUGCCGGACAAAUCAAUUUAUGUCCUCAGUAUUAUCAAGCUCACAUAAACAAAACAGGAGUACAAAUUACAUAAUCUCAUGGCUAAGUAUUGUAGGCCCAGUGGUGGGUCUCAAUCUGCCUUUGGGUUAUGCAAAAGCUGUUGCUGAGCAAAGUUCAAGUGCUGAUUAAAGAGAUUUGGUACAAGUGGCGGAGUCUAAAGGUGCCACUCUAGUGCUGUAGCUCAUCUCAGAUAUGAAGCUAAAGAAAAUGUCACGUCUAACAAGCUGUUGCAGUCACGACAAGAUGCUUCAGUGGAGAUCACAUUUCUCUGAUACGUGUCUGAGGAUAACCAAGCCGUGGAUUCCAUUCUAAUUGUAACAAGAAUUAUGCUUUGUCCCACCAGAAAGAAAAUGUCAGUUCAAUUGAUAGUUGGACUGAUGCUAAGUGGAAAAGAUAUUCUUCCCCUAAACUGACAGAGUGACUUGGGAAAACUUGUGCGGAAAAAUAUUACCAAAGGAAUUUGAAGCUUACAGUAAUAAUAAAAGUCUCUCUAUCUUUACUGGUAGCUUAUGAGGCCCCAUGGAACAGGACUGGGUUUUUUUCAGGUUUUUUCCGCUUGCUCCUAUUUUUGCUUAGCAAGACGCAUUAGCAACAUUAAUACAUUAAAAACAUACAGAUUGGUUUAUACAUUACUCUUGAGAAUUUUAUAAUAUUUGUGUUUUUGACUGUAUUGUCACCCGUUUCAAGCCAUGAGGAGAGGUGGGUAAGAAAUAAAAUUAUUAUUAUUAUUA